CAAAUAUUUGCGGCAAUCGUGGUUUUAUCUCAAUGUAAAAUGUAAUCACUAACAAAAUUCUUGAAGGUUGCAGAAUAUAUCUAAAUGGAUAAAGUUGUUAAAAUUCGAGAGAUCAACCCACAUAUUGUAUGCAGUCUUUGUGCAGGAUAUUUUAUUGAUGCAACAACAAUUACUGAGUGCCUUCAUACAUUUUGUAGAAGAUGCAUUGUCAAGUAUCUUCAACUAAGUAAAUAUUGUCCCACAUGCAACUUAAAAGUUCAUGAAACUCAACCUUUACUUAAUGUAAGUUUGGACAGGACAAUGCAAGAUAUUGUUUUUAAAAUUGUUCCUAACUUGUUUGAAGAUGAGGAAGCCAAGGAGCAUGCAUUUUAUGAAGAAAGAGGAAUGUCUGUACCAAAGAAAGAGACAGAAGAUUGUGAAAGUGAUGAUGGAAGUCAUUCCCCAAUAAGAAAUGAUGUCACAGAGUACUUAAAUAAUUUCAGAGAUGAUGAGUUGAUUUCACUGUGCUUGAAACCAUAUGAAUCAUAUGAACAUGAUGACAAACUAGUUUUAUCACGGAAAUAUCUGCGCUGUUCACAUCGGGUAUUAAUUUUACAUCUUGCAAAAAUUCUCCAAAGAAAAAUGAAUCUGCCCCAAGAUACGCAGCUUGACUUCCUUUGUGAAAAUGAACUUGUUCAUCCAGCCUGUUCAUUGAAACAGAUCUUUGUUGCAAAUUGGAGACAAAAAGCAUUGCCCAUGUGUCUCCACUAUCAAAUUCAUUUACCUACCCUGGCCACACAAACCAUUGAAGAAACAGUUCCUGCAGAAGAAAGUAUAGAGCCUAUGACAGAAGAUACUUGGUUGUGAAUGUUUAGAUCAAUACCAGAAAGCAAGAUUUUUUCUAAUUAAACUAGGACACAUUUUGUUUGCUCUGUCUAUGGUUCGAGUCUAACUAAGAGCAGUUUUGGACGACGAUUUUCAUUGUAAAUGAUACAUGUAAGAUUAGGUUGAAUUACAAUAAUUAUAAGUUGUUGUAGUGGUAUGAUCAUGGACCACCAGGUGAAAUGCCGAGGUAUGGUAUAUUUGACCUAUACGCCAGAAUAUGGUAUAUUCAACAUCUGUGGGAUCAAAUGUACCAGUUUAUUUAUAAAGUUAGUGAAAUGGUGUAUUACAUUAUAAUAAAGCUCAAUAAA